GGUUUAACGCAUGCGCACAGGACCUCGAUGUCCUCCCCACUCAUAAUAAAAAAGACGAACUACCACGUAGGGCGUAUGACAAGGACUUUGGUUAAGAUCUAAACAAAUAUGGUCACCGCGGUGGCACACUGGUAGCAAAUUAAAACAACCUUUUAGGCGUUGCGUAUCCGUGUUCGGGAGUGCGCUCCUUCUGUCGUUAAGAGCGCGUGUUGGUCUUACAGCGAGGGGUUACGGAGGAAGAGAAGAAAGUUUGGCGGUCAGAAAUGGAUACAUUUGUUGAAGAACUGAGAAAAGAAAAAGGACAGUUGUAUUCAGAGGAAGAAAGGGGGGAUGUGGCUGCAGCUACAGCAACAGCUGCUCCCAUCCCUGGAAUUUAUUUACCUUUACUCCCAAGAUAUUUUCACCACCCAACCACUGGGGGCAGAAAGCCCUCAGAAUUUCAGAAGGCGAAAGAAGAUUGUUUGAACUGCAUCCAGGAUGCCCUUUUGCAAGGCUGGUGGCAGAGGGCUGCAGAAUUAAUGAUAAGCUAUCUAGAGAUGCUGGAGAAUACCACUAAAGAAAAACUGCGGGCUGCUCCCGAGGUGAUCUGGAGAAUAGGAACCGAAAUCUUGCAGCAGCAUCCACGGAGCAAUAUACAUGAGACCAACAACUUUGCAGAUCGGAUGAAAAGUUUAGGAGUAAAAAAAUAUUUAAAGGUUUCUUUAGAGCACGCCUUCUACCUUUUGUGCAACGGGUUUGUGGAUGAGGCCUACCAGAACCUGGUCUUGGCAGAAAGCUGGCGGUAUGGAGAACAAACAGUUGCUCAGGAUAAAGAACUGAAACUCAUUCAAGGCUAUCGGGGGCUGCUGGACUAUUAUAAGUGGUUAAAAAAGAAGACGGACAUGUUGGAGCUUGAUGAAGACAGCUAUGCAGAGUCUUCUAUUCAGCAAGAAAUGCGCAGCUUGUACCGGCAGGCUGAAGUCAGCCUCAAGGAGAUAAUUAAAAUUCCUGGAGUUUGGGAUCCUUUUGUGACAUGUUAUGUGGAUCUGCUGGAACAUUAUGAAGAGUAUGAAGAAGCAAGGGAAGUGUUAAAUGAGUAUGCCUAUAAUCCCAGAUUUCCUCCCAACCCCAACGCCCAUGUCUUCGUCUACCAGUUCCUAAAGAGAAGGGGUGAAUCAAGGAAAACAAAGAUCUCUGCACUCCAGAUCUUGCAUGAGCUUGUUCCUUCUCAUGAACUGAUGCUGGAAUUCUACGUCAUGCUUGAAAAGUCAAAAAAAAGUAAAUACCACAAGCUGCGGCUACAAGUUAUUUUUGCGGCCUUGGACUUUGCUGGAUGGAAGGAAAACAUAAAAGCUUGGAGCCAUUUGGCAAAACAGAUUGUAGAAAUACUGCAGAACUCUGGCAAGCAGCUUGACUGGCUCAAAAAGGAGUGGAGUUCCCGGAAGGACUGGUGGCCAGCCUUUCAUUUUAGCCGUUAUUUGGCAAAAAGAAACUGGCAGGAAAACAAAAGUCUUGCUUGUGAAAAAGUACUGGUGGCUGGAAUACUGCUCGGAAAAGAUUGCAAAUAUUUUAAAUACAUCACGCAACAAGGCUAUAAAACUGAGAAGAAAAAGUUCAAACCGUUGAAGACAUUUGUAAAAGAACACAGCUGGGUCAGUGAGAUUGUCUGAUCUUUGAUUGCUUUUAGAAAUGCCUUCCCUUUUUCUUUUAAAAAGGGUACUAGAUUAUUUUUCCAGAUUGUACAUGUUGUGCUUUGCAUACAGAUCUCCCCUGCAAAUAAUUACCUCAAUGGAAAAGAUUUGUACAUCACUGACAACCAUUUUUAAAAGAAAAACUAAGCUCCUGUUUUAUAAUAAAUAUUUGAAGAAA